AUGUCGUGGGUACCUACGAAUGAAUUCUUACGUGGUAAGAUAAUUAAACCUUUUUUACCAUUUCAAAAACAUCCAACCUUAACAAAUGAAAACUUCAAAAACUUAUAUCCAGGUGACGAUGUCUAUAUAUUUGAAACUAAGAAUGAAAAAUGGGCUAGGGGUUAUACUUUAACUAAACCAUUUCCUAAUGAUUUUACCAUUACGUCAGUUAAUUUAGAUGAACUUCCUAGUUUGGAUAUUAAGAUUGUUAUUUUCCCAUUGAAAUAUGUUCAAGUAGUGGAAAAUGUUCCAAUAACUAAAUUAGAGGCUGAGGAAGUAUCAGUCGUUGCGGGCAAUGGUGAAUUGGUUCCAACUAUUCAAGAUGCAGAAGUGGCUCAUAAACAAGCUUUGAACGCUGAUAUUGGAUACGAUUCUAAUGGUAAAGUUAAAUCAUUAGUUCCCCCUUUGCCAGUACAAAACUUUGAUCUUGGUGCAGACUUACUUAAGGAAAUUAAACACGCUCUUAAUUUAUUGGCCUCACACAUUUUUGCUUUAUACUCAAUUGGUGAAUUUAGAUUAUUUAAUAAAUUAUCCCUGGUUUAUACUAGAUUGGACGAAACGAGAAUCAAAUUAACCAAUGAAAUAUUAACUACCAAUGAAAUCCAAGUUGCUAAAGAAACUGCAACUUUCCUCCUCAACAAAAUUCCUAAAAAAUUGGCUUCAAGAUCGGCUAGAUUAAACGAAAAGUCUUAUGACUUGGAUAACCGUUACACUGAUAUCUCUGGUUAUAAAGCUAUAUUGGCAAGAGAUGCUAUAUCAGGUCAACUUUUAUCAAAUGAUACUGCCAUCCCUUCGAGAGUUGCUUUGAACCAAGUAUUAUGUGCUUUGGCUCCAAAUUUCCCCAUCAAUGCCCAUUACCAUCAAGAGUCUUUCUCCUUAAAACCAUCUCCCAAUAAGAAGUUAUAUCAUGAACCUCCUUCUCAUAUCUUGGUUGAUUUCAAAUCAGUUAGUGGUUCAUCUGCUUAUCAGCCUCCUGGAUUUGUUGGUAUGAUCGCUUAUUUAUAUAUUCGUAAUAGUAAUAGAAGACUUACCGAAGCUUUUGCUGUACAUGCUAGCUCAGUUGAUGAUUUAGUCCAUGUCGAAAAACUUCGUGCUGCUCUUUUUAGAAAUAUUCCUUCGAGUGAAAUUGACAAUGGUAAGGUCUACUUGGUUGCUGUUUUGACUGAAGAAAUUGAAUUACCUGUUAAAGAUGCUUCUAGCCCUCACGUCAGAAGAAUUAAGAAGGGUGUGGCAGCAGGUGUUACUGAUAUCACUAGAAUUUUUUCAAAGAAUCAGGGUUCAUUGGCGUCAGGUGAACCUCAUCAAUUUUCAAUCAGAUUGUUUGGUUCUUAUAAGAAUCAAAAUAAAGGUAAUUCUAAGCUUAAUGAUGAACUUCUCAAUUUUGAUAAUAAUGGUUGGGGUGAGCUUGUUGAUAGAAUUAUAUCUGGAUCCAGUCAUGGUGUUGCAGUUAAUCCUAGAGCUGAAAAAUUGGUCAUUUCAGUUAAAGAAUUCAAACAUCAAUUUGUUGCUAACUUCAAUCCAAUUGGCGCCACUGCUCCAAUUUCAAGAAUCAAGCCAAUCUUUUUCGACCCCCUUGCUGAAAAUUAUGAACGUAUUUAUUUGAGUAUGCAUAAAGUAUCUUUGCUUAAUAGCAUCACUAAAGAUGAUUUAUUAACAUUCGAAGUUAGUGCUCCUAAUAAUGAUAUGAUAACUUUUGCAAAAGCUUCUAAUGAACAAGAAAGACGUAUGUGGCAAUAUGUUUCGGUUUAUCCAGAUGAAGCUGUUGGUGAAAUUGUUAAAAUCAACGGUGUUUCUUCAAAGAACCCUACUAAAAAAGUUCCAAAGGAUGACUACAUAAUCUUAUCAUUAUAUAUUAAUGGUUUAUUGGCGGGAGAAGGUAAAUUCAUGUACAAGUCAGGUAACAAGUUAGUGGAAUACAAGAAGAAAAGCCAUAGUGUUGAAAUCAGUUCGACAACUCAUAAAUUACCAGUAGCCCUGGUUGAAAUUACCACUGAAUAUGUUGGUAAAGUUUAUAAUCAUGAUAUUUCAAUCGAUAACGUUUUUCAAUUCGAUAGAUUUUUUAAAGGUGGUCAGCAGGGAAUUGAUGAAUUAGCAAAGACUUUAAUUGCUUUUACUAAACUUGACAUAACUCAGUUAGUUAAGUUUUUCCCAGAGUUAUUGAGCUCCUUAUAUAACAUUGCAGAUGUUGCAUUGAAACAACCUAGUUCUCCUGGUAUUGAGAUAUUACAAGAUAAUACCUUCAAAGCAAUUGUUCAUUUAUUAGAUACUCUUUUCGGUAAGCAAGAUCAGUACAUGUAUAUGGUUGAAACUUUUACUACAAGAUACACAAAGUUACCACAUAUCGGUAUAUUUAUUUUGAAUAAGAUCUCCGAAAUCUUCUCUAGAGCUGAAAGUAAUUGGAAUUCAAUGUCACGCUCUUUAUGUAGAGUUGUGUCAUUACUUUUGAAACUUGGAAUCAGCUCAAUCAAUGAAAUUAAUGAUUUGGAUGCCUAUUUAGAAGCAUUAAGUUCUUUAUUUAGAUCAGGUUCCAUAUUUCUUUCACUUGACUCGCCUGCUUUAAUUAAUGACCAAGUAUUAAUUUUAGAGAUCAUUGAUUAUGUUCUUACUUUUAGAGUAUACUUAGACCAGGCCAAAAUCUUGAAGUUUAUUAUUAGCUUCAUUGAUUCAAUUGGAACUAGGGGAUUAGGUGCAAAUGAAGACGUCUAUGGAGCUAAAAAAAAUGUUGUUUCAAAAGAUCAUAAAAUUAUCAUUAGUAAGUUAUUAUUGAUUCAUCGUUUGUUUAAUACCACUCUAGUUGAAAGUGCUGACACUCGAAAAUUUUUGAUUUCCAAAUCCAUUACGUGGGUUAUGGAUGUAUUUUUAGGACCAACUGAUAUUGAUGCUGUCAGAUUGGCCUGUUCAAUUAUGAAUGCUGUUUGUACUCUUUUAUGGGACGACAUUGUUAACAAAGGUGUUGAAGAUGAAAUUCAUUUAUGCUUUUCACUUGCUAAAUUGUUACCAGCAAUUUCAAGAACAUUUAUCAAAUAUAAUAAGUUUACUAGGGGUAAUGAAUAUUUCAAACCAAAGAGAACUUUUACUGAUCUUUUUCCAACUGAUUAUCCAUUCAAGGAAACAUCUAUGGAUCCAAUUGUUAAUGAUGAAUCAUUAGUAGAAGUUUUAGUUGAGCUCAGUGUUAUUUUUACGUUCAUUGCAAGAAUUGGUAAAGCUGCUUCAGGAAACGAGGGAUACUCUAAAAUUUUGGCGGCUGAAGCUCCUGAAGAUGAUUUUUUUUCUAAUGAAAAAUAUUUGGCUAGUAAUUUUGGUAAUGAAGAUAUUUUGACUUUGAUUAAUGGUGUUAAGAUUAUAAGACAAGGUAAAUAUUUCCCAGAAGAUAAAUGGUUAUCGUUAUUUUCAUUAAUUGCUGAAGGAUGUUUGGUAUCGUUAGAAUUAAUAAGACCAUUGUUAAUCAAACAUUAUGUACCUCCAAUGGAAGAUGCAGAGUUGUUUGAUAAAGCAGUUUGGGGUAGUUACUUGAAAACAUUGCUAAGGUUGGGUACUGUUGCACCAGUUGCCAUUGAACAUUUAUCCACUGUACCUAGAAAAGCAUGUCAUUUAAUUACUGGUGAUAUGAGAGAUCGUAUUUCCUUUUUAUUAAUGGAGGCAUGGGAUGCUUUAGCUUGGGAUUCUGAUGAAGAAGUCAUGGUCAGAUUCAAUUUGAAGAAAUUUGGAGGUUACCAAGUUGAAUUUAUCAGUAAUGAUUAUGAGACUUUACAGGAUUUAAUGUUAUUUGCGUUACAAAGAAAUGAAAGUUGUCAAAUUGUUAGUGUUAAAAUGUUGUGGUCAAUAAUGGUUUCAGAAUUUUUAUAUUUAAAUGAUACUAUGGUUGAUAUUGAAAGAGAAUGUUUAAUUGGAUUGCAUGAUAUUUAUUAUAGAACUGCUUAUAAACCAACAGUUCAAGAACAAAAAAGGUUUAUUGAGAGAAUGAAAUUGACGAUUAGAUUAGAUAGAGAAGAUGAAGCAUUUGGAAUGGUUUAUAAUUUUAUUGAAAGUUUAACUGGAUUUUUAGAAGUUUUAAAUGAUUUGAAUAGUGUACCAGUUGGUCCUGAAUUUGAUGAUGAUCGUACAUUCCAUAAGUUGAAUAUUAAUGCAUAUUUGAAAAAUGCUAAUAAGCCUGAGUUAUUCCAUUCAUUUAUUAAUAAUAUGUAUGAAGAGAAUAUUAAUAAAGGUGAUUUUAUUCAAGCUGCUCUUAGUUUAGAAUUAUUAGCAUCGACCUAUUCCUGGAAUCAUCAUGAAAUCUUAUCAGCUACAUUAAAACCCAAAUUUCCAGAACAAACAUCUUUUGAAAGAAAAGAGACAUUAUAUAAUAUGAUAGCUACCAAUUAUAUUAAGGGAAAUAGUUUAGAAAGAGCUACGGAUACUUAUAAUGAAUUAUUAGAUUCAUAUAGUGAACAUACAUAUGAUUUGAAAAGUUUUGCUCAUGUUCAUCGAAAAUUAGCCAAUUUAUAUAUUGAAAUGGAAUCAUCGGAUAAAUUGAGUCCAUCAUUUUUCCGAGUUGCAUUUAUUGGAGCUGGAUUCCCAACUAACAUUAGAGGAAAAGAACAAAUUUAUGAAGGGCUACCAUUUGAGCAUAUAACUUCAAUUCAUGAAAGAUUGUUAAGAUUGUAUCCCGGAGCUAGAAUUAUAAGUGACGAUAUUCAAGCCCAAAAAUUGAAAGAAAAAGUUCAAACUGGUAGAUAUUUACAUGUAAAUGCCGUUGAACCAAUUAAUGAAAUAAGUGAUAAAUUGUUUAAUACAUCAAUUGGGGUUAGACAAUAUGCUAGAAAUAAAAAUUUAAGAUUUUUCACCACGAUGAAGAAAAUUCCUGGAGCCACGUCGGUAUUUGAUUUAUGGACUGAAGAAACAACCUAUGAAACGCAAAUGUCAUUCCCAACGUUAAUGAAUAGAAGUGAUAUUAAAUCGGUUAAAACAAUCAAAUUAUCACCGUUAGAUAAUGCAAUUCGUACCAUUGUUAAUAAGAAUAACGAUUUGAUUCAAUUAGAAAGUAUGAUUAAUAUAUCAUUCAAAGAAAAAGCUGAUUAUACUUCAUUAUUCAAUGAUUUAUCAAGACAAUUAGCUGGUACUGUUGAUUCUCCAGUUAAUGGAGGAGUUGGACAAUAUAGAACUUUUUUCAAUGAUCCAAAAUACAAUGGUAAAGAAGAUUAUACAUAUAAUAUCAGAUUAUUGAAAAAUGCCUUUAAUGAUUUAACAAUUAUAUUAAAUCGCUGUUUACAUUUACAUGGGAAACUAAUAAGUAAUAAUAUGAAAGCAUCCCAUGAUGUUUUGGUUGAAUUAUUUAAAAAGAAUUUUAAAGAAGAUAUUGCUAAUCUUAAAAUAUCCACCGAUUAUGAGAAUAGUAUUUAUAACCAUAGUAUUUCUCAUUACCCCCAAUCAUUACAAUUAGAAAAUAAUAGUAAGAGAAAUAUUAGUAGUAAUACUACAUUGAACGGUGGUGGAAGUAUGAUUGGUGGUAGUAUUGGGUCGAGAUUAACCCGUACUACCAGUAGAACAUCCAAAGCCAGUUCAAACUCAAACUCUAGUGCUUCUGGCCUAGUUUCACCUCCAUCAGAACAAAAUUCAACUACCCAAAACCUGAACAAUAGUAGCUUUACAUUCAUUGGUUUAAAACAAAAACAUAGCGCCGUCUACUGGAGAGAUAAUGUAAUGAGAAAUUAG